CAGGUUGUCUCUCUCUCACACUCAGUCAGGCUGUCUCUCUCACACUCAGGCUGUCUCUCACACUCAGGCUGUCUCUCUCACGCUCACUCAGGCUGUCUCUCACACUCAGGCUGUCUCUCUCUCACACUCAGUCAGGCUGUCUCUCUCACACUCAGGCUGUCUCUCACACUCAGGCUGUCUCUCUCACACUCACACAGGCUGUCUCUCACACUCAGGCUGUCUCUCUCAGGCUGUCUCUCUCACACUCAGGCUGUCUCUCACACUCAGGCUGGCUGUCUCACACACUCAGGCUGUCUCUCACACUCAGGCUGUCUCUCACACUCAGGCUGUCUCACACACUCAGGCUGGCUGUCACACGCACACACUGUGGCACGGUGUCACACUGUUUCCUAGGGGUUGCCCACCGCCUGGAAAGGCUCUCUAUAGAAAGUGAGAACCCGGCUCGCUCCCACCUUAAAACCCCAGCUCUCCCUGUGACGUCACAUCGGAAAUUUACCAAAGUCAGCGCGAGCCAACGGCGCGGCUCGAGCGAGGCAGGGAGCGCGCUGAUUGGCCCGGGCCGCGCUGACGUAGGCUGACGUUGACCGCUUACUACAGUAGGCUAGCGCUGGAAUAGAAGCCACAUAAACAAAGGCACAUUGCGAGCACGGGCUCAGAGCGCACAGAGCACACACAGCCAGCGCUGCGACCACACAGCCAAGCCUUCCCCGGAGCGGGUAAGGGGGGGAACACUGACAGACACAGCAAGGUAAGCAGGGACAGCACUGCACAUCUAUACACACACAUCUAUACACAUAUAUACAUAUAUAUAUAGAUAUUAAUAUAACUGGGACAUCUCACUUAUAUAUAUAGAAUUUAUUAUUUUCUAAAACAGAGAUUGUAAUAAAUAUAUAUACACACACACACAUAUACACACACACACACAAACAUAUUAUUAUAACUGGGACAUCUCUCUCAUUUUCAAAUAUAUAUAUAUAUAUAUAUAAUUUAUUAUUUUCUAAAAGAGAUAUUUUAAUUAAAAAAAAAUACACACACACACACACACACACACAUAUAAAUAAAUACAUACAUACUUGUACAUACUGAUCCAAAGUGAUCACAGAAAAGGCCUUUCUGGAUUCUCCUUAUUCCUGCUGGAUAUAAGUUGGUUGCUGUAUAUCUAUCAUGUUUAAUUAUAGAUCGUUUAUCUAUGUGUCAAUUGCUGGGAGAAACAAGCAUGCUGUUACUUAGACAUCUUCCAUCUGCUCAGUGCUAGUCUUAGAGUGUGUGCACACUUCCAUGUGGAUCUAGGUAUAUACAGUAUACAUAGUAUUUAUUGCACGGGGUAUGUAAGGCUGGGUGUGAUGAUCCAGCCAAGGAUCCUGGAUGCCCAUGUACAAGGAGUAGAGCUGAUUGCCUGUAGUAUACUUGUUACCCUGCUGGAACUGGGGGAGGUGGUAUUCUGGUCUCCUAGUUACUGUGCUGGGGCCAUCAGCUGAAAAGAGGUGAUGUAAACUAAUUAAUAUGGAAGUGAUCUGGCUGCCUUGAUAUUGUGUACUACACUAAUAAGCAAUAUUGCUGGAGGUUUGCGGUUCAUUCUGUGUACAGGGGUGAGAGAGGCUGAGAUUUUGCAUCGCUGAUUAGAGAUACACUGUUAGCGCACAGUUCCCAGAACUUGCUACAUUACAUAUUUGGAUACAAUGUAAUACUUGUUCAACAAGUUUUUUUCUUUACUUGGGAGCUAAUGGGUCCUCGAUCUGUCCUUAUACAAUCAGGAGUGCAUUAUCUUUAGAAGUCAUUAAUGUGCUUUUCCUCCUCUAUUUAUUUUAUUCUGUAAGAAAGCAGUCGAAGUGCUUCAGAUUUUGGCCAGAUUCUAAACUGAAGUCUAUUGAACCGGUGUUUAUAUUUUAAUACACAUUUUGGUGUUGAAAUAAUAACUAUAUACUUGUUGUGACGUUUGCUAGGCCUUCUUAGACAAACUCAUUCUUCAUUUUUGUACCAUGUCCAAAUCUGGAAGGUUUUGCUAGUUAUGCACUAAUUGUUUUUUUGGCUACCUUUAAAUAAAGUCUACACACUUGGUCAGCGAUCCACCAGUUUAGUAAAUACCAGUGAUGUUUAACGGCUGAGAUUAUAUAUCUGUAAUAACGCCUGUUGUGAGAAUAUUCUCAAUUUCCACUCUUGUUGAAAAGAUCUGAUUUUAUAUUUUUUUUGAGGUGACAUUGAGCUAUGUAAUUUGAAAAGGCCUAUAUGUGACCAGACACACACUGCAUAUUUUUGUGUCAUCCUUGUCAACAAUACAGAUUAUGCCUGGAUACUCUAAUUUAAUGCACCAUAUAUUUGUUUUUCAGAAACCCUUCCUGAAACGUGGGUUCUAAUGUGAACAGUUUUUUUAAAUCUUGGAAAGUUUGCUUCAAUAAUAAAACAACACUGUCCUCUUUUAAUUCAAACGAAGACUCCAGCAGCCCGGCUGAAGGUUUGUUUUAUCAAAUACCAUUAUUAGAAUUAUUGUUAUCAUCGCUAUUUUAGAGGGGAAAGGUUGGGCUGUUAUAAUUAACUAUAUCAUAUUGGCAUCUGUAGAGAUCUAUAUUAUAUCAGUUUGCUAUAUAUUGUUUAUGAAAUACAAUACAAAUAAAUGGGGUCUUAAGUUACAAAGCAUGCAAUAUUUUGUAUUUAUUUUUUAAAUAAUCCCAAAUUUGCCCCAAAAUUUAAAGAGGCUUGGCUUCACCCACUGAGGUUGUAUUAGAUUGGAGUGUGAGUGGGUGCAAUUUUUAAAGAAAAAAAAAAACCUUCUUGCACUUCUUGAAUUUUUUUUUAUUUUUAUUUUUAAUUUUAAUUUUUUUGUAACUGUGAUAAAUGAAACAAUGAUCUGUACACUGAUACAAAGCAAAGAGAAAGUGUAACAGUAUGGGUAUCCAUUAAAUUGUUUCAUUUACAGCCAUGCCCUGUGUUCAGGCUCAGUAUGGGUCAUCGCCUCAAGGAGCCAGCCCAGCUUCACAGAGCUACAGUUAUCACUCUACUGGAGAAUACAGCUCCGAUUUCUUAACGCCAGAGUUUGUCAAGUUUAGCAUGGACCUGACCAACACUGAAAUCACUGCCACCACUUCUCUUCCCAGUUUUAGUACCUUUAUGGACAACUUCAGUACAAGCUACGACGUCAAGCCUCCUUGCUUGUAUCAAAUGCCCAUCUCUGGUCAACAGGCUUCUAUAAAAGUUGAAGACAUACAAAUGCACAGCUACCAACAGCACAGCCACCUACCCCCUCAAGGAGAGGAGAUGAUGCCACCACACUCAGGCUCUGUCUACUACAAACCAUCUUCUUCCCCAACCACCAGCACUACAGGUUUCCCUGUCCAGCACAGUUCCAUGUGGGAUGACCCUGGUUCCCUUCACAGCUUCCAUCAAAAUUAUGUGGCCACCACCCACAUGAUUGAUCAGAGGAAAGGUCCAGUGUCCAGACUUUCACUUUUCUCCUUCAAGCAGUCUCCACCUGGGACACCUGUAUCUAGUUGCCAAAUGAGGUUUGAUGGCCACCAUGUUUCCAUGAACCCUGAGCCUUCAGGAGCCCACCAUGUGGUAGAUGGACAGACCUUUGCCGUCCCUAACCCUAUCAGAAAGCAGGCAUCUAUGGGCUUUCCUGGACUUCAGCUUGGUCACCAUGCAUCUCAACUCAUAGACAGUCAGGUUCCUUCACCACCAUCCAGAGGGUCUCCAUCCAAUGAAGGGCUAUGUGCAGUUUGUGGGGACAACGCUGCUUGUCAACAUUAUGGAGUUCGCACCUGUGAGGGGUGCAAAGGGUUCUUCAAGGUGAGUAGGAGACCCAGCAAAUUGUGAUAUAUAUUUUUUGUUGUGCUGUAGAAUAGAACACAGUGUAUCUCUUACCGCCCCUGACAGAUUCCUGCGAUGUAUGUGUAAAUCUAAAAGAACAGGGCACUUGGUUGUUAAAACUUCUUUAUUCUAUGGACGACAGGCCCAGAAAUAAAAAGAACAAUGAAUCAGAUGAAUUUUAGGUCUCCUAGCAUCAAGCCAGGUUCUCCCCAACCACCCCCUUCUUCCUUAGCUGGGAACUUGUGUCUGGCUGAACAUUGUCUUAUUUGCAUGUGCUAUAAGCAGCCUUCUCCUUUAGAUUUAAAUUGGUUAGGACAGAGAACCGUGUCUCAGCUAACCAAGUGGAACGGAAUUCCCUAUGGUAAAAUUAAGUGAUCGCUUUAUUUCGCCAUCCUGAUUGAAUAAUCUUAUCAUUUGAAAUAGAGAAGUCUCCAAGGGAUGUAAAUAAUAUGAAUGCCCACGGAUUUCUAUUUACUGAACAUCCAGUACUUCUCUUGGCAUAUAAAACACAAAACUAGGAGCCUGCAAGGACAGCUCAAAUGCUAACCCUAUCAGUUUCUCCCUGUUAAAUGCCUGGAUCACAAUGAGGGGCCAUCAACCCAGACACCCCAUCCCCAGCAAGGACAAUGCUUGCACUAAGGACAAUGGACAAAUCAAUCUCUAAUUUUCUUAAUCCUCUCCCUCUUCUCUUACAGCGCACAGUGCAGAAAAAUGCCAAAUAUGUUUGUUUAGCAAAUAAAAACUGUCCUGUUGACAAACGGCGCAGAAAUCGGUGUCAGUAUUGUCGCUUUCAAAAAUGCCUUGCCGUCGGCAUGGUCAAAGAAGGUACAUCUUAUUAUCGCUAUUAUAGUACAUAGCAAUAUAUAUAUCGCUUGUCUUGACCUGCAGAUACCCCGAUUUACAUAUACAGGUUCUGGUGUAUGCAUUAAUAUAGAAUUUACAUCAAUUUUACACUUAUACAUUUUCCAAUAUUUGUAUCACAAUAUGUGUAUUUUACAUGUGUACUUAUAGAAGUUUGAUUAGUGAAUGUAAACACAGCAUCACACACAUACAUAAAAUAUAUAAAAUGUGAUACUUCUAAAAAUACAUUAUUGCUGUUGCAUAGGGCGAUUUUAAUUUUUUUAUUGUUUUUUUCCCCCUUCUAAAACGUGCCUUUCGUAUGCAAUGGAAGAGUCACAAACAGUAUAUAUAUACACACACACAUGCUGUAAAACUUUUGAAGCUAGAGUUCUGAGUUUGAAACCAGUAACAUUCUCCCGAUGUAUGUGUGCUAUGAUGCUAUGAAUUAAGCGAGCAGUUUUUAGAAUGUAUACAAUGUAUACACAGAUAAUGGGAUGGGUUAGGACUCCCUGCUGUAAGAGCAGAGCAGAUGCACAGCAAGUCUUCCAUCAGGCACCAGCCAUUCUCAAUCCAUGAAUUUAUUAAUCUGAGCUGUAUUCUAUUUAUUUAUUUUUCUAGCCUGUGUCAGUUUUUGUGUCGGAUUUGUAGUAAUAGGUUAAUAGGUGACCCCCACCAAAUACACACACACUCACACUGUGUCAAUGACCCCAUGCCAGAGAAUGCACUGGGGCUGCAGUUUUAAUGUGCCUUGUGUCUUAGUGGAAAUAUCCACCCCCCCAUGCUGGAGUCAAGGGUGCCUUUGUGAUGAGGGUGAAUGCAAUGCGGGGCAGGAAUGUGUGUGGGAGCUGGAAUAAACAUCUUGAUCUUUCUUGUCUUGCAGUGGUUCGGACAGACAGCUUAAAAGGACGGAGGGGUCGCUUGCCUUCCAAACCCAAGAGCCCCCAGGAGCCAUCACCCCCUAGCCCCCCGGUGAGUCUGAUCAGUGCCCUAGUGAGAGCCCACGUCGACUCCAAUCCGGCAAUGAGCAGCCUGGACUAUUCCAGGGUAAGUGGGAGUCUGAGCCGAGAAGGAUCCUAGCAUCCUCAGCCAGCACUGAGAACAGCACUGGUGGACAUGUCUACCCCCCAUGACUCCUUUCACCUCCAAUAAGCCAGUGAUUGCCUGCUCUCAUUCAAAGUGACUUCUUUGCUGGGUAACAUUGAGCUGCCUAGAACACUAAGUAUCAAUCUAAUUCCACCUGACACCUUCCUGGGAUUGUCACAGAGCCCCACUUACCUCUCCUUACCACACACUCACACAGCAAGAGAAUAUUUUCAUUUUUAUAAAUGAAUUUAAACCACAUUGAUGAUAGCUAUGCCUUAUAUCCAGCCACAUACAGAUCAUUUUAAACUCUACUUUUUAUCCAGCAGAUCAUAUUUACAAAUAGAAUCAUAAUAAAAAAACAAACAAAUAACAAUGAUAAAGUAACAUUGUAUCCGUUCAAAUUCACAACAAAGAGGCAUUUCUAAUUGUAAUUACUGUGCACAAUACACUUAUUAAUAGUUAGAAAGGGGAAGAAGCUCUCACACUGUAAAAGAGAAUGGCAAUUUCAUGGGCUGUAUAAUUUAGAAAAUCUCAUUAAAUGUAUAUAUUUUUUUUCUUAAUGUUUUCCAGUUUCAAGCUAACCCAGAGUUUCAGAUGACUGGAGAUGAUACCCAACACAUACAGCAAUUUUAUGAUCUUCUCACCGGCUCUAUGGAAAUUAUAAGAGGUUGGGCAGAGAAGAUUCCAGGCUUUUCUGAUUUACACAAACAGGACCAGGACCUGCUCUUUGAAUCUGCCUUUCUAGAACUUUUCGUGUUGCGGUUGGCAUACAGGUAAUUACCAAAUUAGGUUUUAAUUGUUUUAUAACCAACCCUUUUUUUCCCAAGGUCAAUUGAUUUGCAUUUUAUUGGGUCUUCAGUAAUUAGGAGUCGUUUAAAUGUCUAUUUAUUAUUCUGGUGCUAAUUAGGUUUUUUCCCCCCUCUAAUUAAUUUCAGAUCUAACCCAGCUGAGGGCAAACUCAUUUUCUGCAAUGGGGUGGUCCUAAACAGAUUACAAUGUGUUCGUGGGUUUGGAGAAUGGAUAGAUGCUAUUGUGGACUUUUCUUCCAAUCUGCAGAGUUUGAGCAUAGAUAUCUCUGCAUUCUCCUGCAUUGCUGCACUGGCUAUGGUCACAGGUGAGAAAUGCAUUUAAACAGCCCAUGUAUUAUUACAGUGUAAUGCUAUGAUGUCUCCAGUUGAUAAUAAUCAUUGUCUUUCCUUUUUGGUAAUUUUAUUUUUUUCCAUUUUUUUUUUUUUUUUAAACAGAGAGACAUGGCUUAAAAGAACCAAAAAGAGUGGAGGAACUGCAAAACAAGAUUGUAAAUUGCCUCAAAGAUCACGUGACUUUUAACAAUGGGGGUUUAAAUCGCCCCAACUACCUAUCCAAACUUCUUGGCAAACUUCCUGAACUUCGUACCCUUUGUACACAGGGCUUACAGCGUAUAUUCUACCUGAAAUUGGAAGACCUGGUACCACCCCCAGCUAUCAUUGAUAAACUCUUCCUGGACACAUUGCCCUUUUAAGACUAUAUUUUCAGUGAGUGCCAAACAACUUAUCCUGGCUAGGGGACUUAUAUGUGAAGCAGGUUUGGGUGCCAAACUGCCAGCAUAGACUGUGGUUAUCCAUACCAAGGGUAGACCAGAGAGCUUGCACUCCUUAACCAAUGCCUGGAUUCAAAGAAUGGGAUUCUUCUAACACACUGCUAUGGACUCUAGACUGUAGGUUGGCAAAAUUGCUAUAAUACUACCGUUAUUUGAAAAAAUAUGAUAUCAAUACAGCAGAGAAUGAACCAAGUCAUAGAGAAAAAUAAAAAAGGAGAUUUAGCGGCCGAGCCCUUUAAGAGACUGAAGUUUUCUGUUGCAAAAAGAAAGCUGUAAUAUAUUGUUGGGGGAGGGGUGGGGUGGGGAAGACACAAAAUAAAUAAAUACAUACAUGUUCAGUGGGAUGGCAUGAUGAGGGAAGAUGACUUGUACAUGUAUAAGAUACAGUUUAGCUAUUUUUAAUUAUUUUGUGCCUAUUUAUGAAUAAAUAUUAAACCGAUUCCACAAGCUGUGUUUGCAUUAAAAAAAAUUAAAUAAAAUUAUGAAAUAACAAAAUAAAUAAAAAAAAAAAGUCAUAAUGCAUAUAGAAACGGAGCAUGUUUAUACAGUGCUAGACGGGGGAAAUAAUAAAAUAAUAAUAAAAAAAAUAUAUAUAGGCAUUUGCUAUUUCAGUAAUGUCUAUAUUCUAUAAAUAGUAUUCAGACACUAUGUAGUCUGCUAGAUUUUAUAAAGAUUGGUAGUUAUACGAGAUUAACUCUUUCUCACCUGUACCAUAGAUGGGCACAAGUACUAAUUAUUGAAUUAAUCAAAUGACAGAGGACAAAUUGUGUUUGUAACACCGUCCAACAUUCCUUGUUUGUACGUGUUGUAUGUACUGUUGAUGUUGAUAAACAGAAGGUUUAUAUCUUAAUUAUUUUGUUGUCUAUGGCUAUAAAUUAAAUUUGCAUGCUCCGGCUUCUACAGGUUUCCAUAUUGAGAAUGCAUACUCCACUGGAAGUUUUAAGCACUUUGAAUUUUUUCAUUUUUUUUUUUUUAAAAAAAUCUAAAAGAAGUCAGCUAAUAUAUUCUUUCAUGUUUAAGUAAAAUUUGUAAUAUUGCCAUUUUAGUAUGUUUGUGUAUUUCAACACAUUGCAAGUCAAUGCCUUUUAACUCUAUAGUGUAUGACACGUAGAGACUAAUUUCUUUUUCGUUUUCUUUCAUCUCUAAUCGUUUUUUUAUUUUCUUCAAAAGAAAGAACAUUUCAAUGUUUACAACAAUAAAAC